AUGGGGGGCCAGAAUGCCGAUAUAUCAACGGAGACGAGUGUCAAUGCAGUGCUGCAUAUUCUCGAUACCAAAGGCAAGGAAGAUACGGGCAAGUUCUUCAAUAUUCAUGUCCCGGGCUGGGAGAAUGCUCCGGGUCUUAAUCAGUAUGAUGGCGAGGAGAUUCCAUGGUAG